UCCAUUUCUACUGAUUUCCGUUUCUCAAAUGAAAUCCGGAAGGCAUAUGAUGGUCACAUGAUAGCUCAAAUGACAAUUUAUCUCCCUUUGAAAUGUGAGUCAACCGCUCCUCAAUAUUUUUCACAAUGAAUGACACCAAUGGAAUGAGCUGGACAGACGACAGUUGUGAAGCAUGGCGGGUACGAUAUCAUAAAGAAAUAUGCCAUGGCCUUGCACAGGCACUAAGUAAUGAAGAGUUUACCGACAUCAAAAUUAUAAUUGAUGAUAAAACAUUUAACUGCCAUCGUAUAGUUUUGUCAAUUAUGUCACCGUAUUUUAGUGCAAUGUUCGCUUCUGGUAUGAAGGAAUGUCAAGAUGGCGUGGUUCACCUUCAAAAUGUUGAAAGUGAGGCAUUCGAGAAGAUCCUGAAAUUUAUCUACGGUGGACAGGAUUUUAUAGACACAGAAAAUGUUGAUUCCCUUCUGCAAGCGGCAGUGAUGCUACAAAUAAAAUGUCUGCAAGAAAGAUGUGAGGAAUAUAUGGUGGGGAAACUUGAUCCUGAAAAUUCGUUAGGUGCCUGGAAGUUAGCCCAAGGUCAUGGCUGUCUGUGUCUUGCAGAGAGAGCUUUCCAGUUCAUAUUGUAUUAUUUUGAACAAAUAUGUAAAACUGAAGAUUUUUUGGCUAUAGAUUGUGACGAAUUAUUGCAAAUAAUAGAUAAUAACAAUUUGAACAUUAAAAGUGAAGAGCUAGUAUGCGAAGCUGUUAUGAAGUGGGUGCAUUUUAAUGUUGAUACCAGAAUAAAAGACCUUCCUAGAAUUUUUGAAAAACUGCGUCUCCCUCUUAUACAACCGGAAUAUUUAAUUGAUGUACUCGAGCAGGAUAAGUUGAUUAGACACGACCAAUCCUGUCGGGAUGUUUUAGAAGAAGCCAAACGAUACCACUUGUUGCCCGCCAGAAGACAGGAGUUUGUUUCGCCUCGAAUGAGCUUUCGGAAUUUCGGCGACUUUGAGGAGGUAGUGGUUUGUGUCGGCGGUACAGACGACAAUUCCAAAACAACACAGCGCGUGAUAUGUUACAGUGAAAAGAGAAGUAAAUGGUUCUCGUUGGCACCUAUGCCGCAUGACCCGGGUGUAGAAUUUGCAACUUGUUCAUAUGGCAAUGCUAUUUAUAUUUCGGGUGGCAGCACUAAAAUGAAUGCAAUGCUCUGCUAUAUAAGUACUCAAAACAAAUGGGUGUAUUGCGAACCUAUGUUGCUUGGGCGUCGACGCCAUGCCAUGGUAGCAGUUGGGGAACAUGUUUACGUAUUAGGAGGGUAUGAUGACAAUAAUGAUAAUGACUUCCGAACUUUAAUGAGUAUUGAACGAUAUAGCAUAGCAACUGGAAGCUGGGAAGAUGCCGGGUAUCUUUCGGUUGCUGUGAGGUCUGCGUCCGUUGCAGUAGAUAGAGAGAAAAUAUAUUUGUUUGGAGGCGUUACACGUGAAGAUUUUGAUACGAAAAUUGUUCAAUGCUUUGAUACUAGACUAAAAACGUGCAAUAUAGUGUGUGAACUUCCCGUAUACUGUAGGUUAUCAUCUGCAAUAUCCCAUGACCAUAAGAUAUAUCUCGUCUGCCCUGAUGGAGAUGUUAUUGUAUUUUCAGCAGAUGGAACAACGGAAGAAAAGGGGAAAAUACCCGGAUUCGACCGCUAUAGCUUUGGUGCAGUGUUAAAGAAUAAUUCAAUUAUCGUCCUUGGUGGUAUGGACUCUGACCAUUCAUAUGGGGACUGUAUUACCUUUGAUCUUCUAACAUCAACCUCAUCAAUAUCAGCAGAUGUCCUACCACAAAAAGCUUCGGGUAUCGGCUGCGUGAAAACUGUAAUUAAUAAGAAAUAUCUCGAAACGUUAUCUCGAAGUAAACAAAAUUGAAUUUAGAGAAAACCGGAAGACAAAAUAACCCUGGAAAUAUUACUAUAACAUCAAUAUCAUUUCAAGUCAGUAGUCUAUUGUGACUUUUGUACAUAUCAACCGCGGGUCAUUCUAAUUCAAUUUUUCUUCCUGGAUAUAAUUAUGUUAACCAAAAUAUGACUUUUCUUAUAAUUUACUAGGUUUGUAAGCUGCUUUGUUUUUGAUAAUACUUUGUAUCUUCAUAAGACAAUCUCGAAAAUCCUCAUGCUUCAAUAACAAUGGCAUUCCUCUCUACAUUGCAGUUCAUCCUAUGUUCUGACCAAAGUGCAAUCUCAUCAAAUAACUCUCCGUCUGGUCAGAAAUUUGACUACAUCACCGUAGAAAAACAACAGUCAAGUCACCAAUGUAAGAAGGGCUUUGCGAAAGAAAAAAAAUGUAUGCCUGCAUAAUUGUUUUGCUAAUGCCAGAUUAUCAUCGUUAGCCAAGAGGUACAAUCCACUCCCCUCCUCUCCAGGACCCUCUGAAGAGAGGAGUGAAUCGCAAUUCUUGGCUAGCGAAGAUCAUGCGAGAUUUAGUUUGACAAUACCGCCACAAACAAUAAAAAUAUCAAUUGGUC